CUGAGGGUUUCAUCCAUUUUAACAAGGCGGACUUCAUGGCGAAGGUGUCCUUGGACUGUGGUGGCUUUGGGCAGGUCUACCUGUGUCACCACAGCACUCACGGUCAGGUGGUGGUCAAAACUAUCUACACUGGGCCCAAUCGCAACGAGAGAAACAGAAAAUCACUUAUGAAAGAGGCCUGUUUACUGCACAGCCUGAAUCACAACCGCAUUGUGAAGCUGCUGGGAGUGGUUUUAGAGGAUGGGAACUACUCCCUGGUCAUGGAGUUUAUCCCGAAAGGAAACCUACUUUCUAUGCUUGUUAAAAUGACAGUGCCUAUGUCCAUCAAGGGGAGGAUUAUUUUGGAGAUCCUUGAAGGAAUGGUGUACUUAACAAACAAAAAAGUCAUACACAAGGACCUGAAGCCAGAAAACAUUUUGCUGGACAAGGAUUUUCACAUAAAGAUAGCAGAUCUGGGCUUGGCCAUUUGUCACACAUGGAGCAAGCUGACAAGGGAGGAGUCCCGCAGGACCGGCAGAAUUGCCAUGAGCCGGGCAGUAGGAACCCUGUCCUACAUGGCCCCUGAGCACCUACAGAACAUCAACACCCCCUUCACUGAGAAGUCUGAUGUCUACAGCUUUGCCAUCAUCAUCUGGGUCAUCCUCACCAGCAAAGAGCCCUAUGCGAACAGCCAAAGUGAUGACCACAUUUGCCUCUGUGUUCGGAAUGGCUGCCGUCCAGAUGAGACCCUCAUUCUCUCCUCCACCCCAACUACAAUCACAGCACUGAUGAGGAGAUGCUGGCAUCAGGACCCAAGGCAACGACCACCAUUUGGAGCCAGCUAUGACUCCUUCCACUACUUCUACAGAAAGGAAUUAGAAAAAGAUGUGGAUAAGGACUUACAAAGUCUCAUGGUUCUGUAUGAAGGCCCUGAUGACGUUGUGCAGAGGAUGAAUUCACUGACACUGGGACAGCCCCAGUUGCAGACAGACACCCUGUGCAGACCGAAUGAGACUGGUGUCCAGAACCCUCAAUUUCAGAGGGGACAUUGCUUGGACUCCAUCCAAAUGGAUGCAUCCAGGUUUGACCCGGUGGCCCAGGCACCACUCUACCAAAGACAGAGCAGUCUCCCGAGCCAGCCAGACAUGAGUCCCUACUCAAACUCCAACCUCCAGUCUAGUACAUGGGGCAACCUCCCUGCCCUGAGGCUUGUUGACUCCGGGCCAAUGUUUUCGGUAGAGUCGCGGACCUGUGAGGACACCCCACCACCAAACACGAGUGUCCUCAGGGGUGGGACCCCGUUGAAGACAGCAGCCAUGGCAGGGCGUAGCACCUCCUGCGCUCCCACCCCCAGCCCCGGCGCCAGCCAACCUGUGAACCCUCAACAGACUCAGUUCCAGCGCAUCCGGUCCUGGCCGGCAUUCCCUGAACAGGAGACGGCUUGUGGACUCAUGGACGGAACCCUCUUUGGUUCCGCAAAGGUGUUACCUCAACAAGAGUCAGGAGGAAGAAUUAUUAUACAACAAGCAGUUGGGAUACAGAUUGGAGAUAACAAUUGCCUAAACUAUGGCAGUCAAGACUUCGGUGUGGAUAGUUUUCAACCCAGUAUGCCGACCAAUGUGAUUUACGAAAAGCUGCUACGCAAAUAUGAGGACUGCGCGGUGAGGGAGGAGCACCUGGACCUGCUGCGGGACAACAUCGGCCAGAACUGGAAAUACUGCGCCCGCAAGCUGGGCCUGACGGAGACCGAGGUGGAGACCAUCCACCACGACUGCUACAACAGCGGCGGCCUGAAGGAGAUGGUGCACCAGAUGCUGGAGAAGUGGAGGAUGAAGCAGGGCUGCGUGUACUGCACAGUGGGCAGGCUCUGCCGGGCGCUCCGGGACAAUGUCAGAGUAGACCUUCUUUGCCAGCUGCUGGAGAUGUGCCAGAGCACUACGACUUCCUAGGCUGGAGCAGGGGGGCCAGUCAAGCCUUCUUGCACUACACUUAUCAC